UCCCCUUGCACACUACCCUGCUCUACGAAAACAAAGCUUAAUUUCCACGAAAUCUUUUAUUUUCCCGCCUCUGAAGAUCAUAGCGUUUAAUUGCAAGCCAAGCUAGGGCCCCGGGGUGCAGCUCUAACGAGGAUCGGACUAGAGAAGAGGUUGAUCCGGGGAGGUUGUUUAUCUAUAGUAUUUUGGGGGGACCUUGAAACAGCGAUGUCCCAUUUCCUCUGUUGUUUUGCUUCUCUUAGUCUGGAUUCUCCAUGUUGAACCAAUUCUGAGAUUUGGGCUUGGGAUCUGCCCUAUGAAUGUAUGCAUUUAUAUUUUUUUAAUACAUUUUUUGUAUUUAUUUUUUUAAAAGCCCUAUCAAGAAAACAAACUAUUUUAACAUUGCAGUGCACCAGGGCAGACAGGAUUUGUAAGUGAGAUUGACAUAGUGCAAACCAAAGAACGAUCUGAUCUGUAAAAAGCAAGAAAGAUCACCACGGGGUCGGUGUUAGAUGGAAAGCAGCUGUAUCAUCGCCCAAGUGCAGAGAGAAGAGGCGCAUCCCAAGCAAGGACUGGUGUCCAAAUCGUCUCCAAAGAAGCCUCGUAGUCGGAGUAUUUUCAAGGCUCUUUUCUGUUGCCUCAGUGCACAGAAUGUCAGCCGACCAGGGUGCUCCAGUGAACCUCCAACACAGAAAGAGGAGGGAAACUCUAACUCAAAGUCGGACUUACUCCAGAGUCUUCAGUAUCAGUUCUACCAGAUUCCAGGAACCUCUUUACUUCCAGAGGUAGCGGAGAAGGAUGUUGGGAAGAUAUGCAUGGUUAUUGAUUUGGACGAGACGCUGGUUCACAGCUCUUUCAAGCCAAUCAACAAUGCAGAUUUCAUAGUGCCAGUAGAGAUUGAGGGAACUACACAUCAGGUUUACGUCCUAAAGCGGCCUUAUGUGGAUGAGUUCUUGGAAAGAAUGGGGGAGUUGUAUGAAUGUGUACUGUUCACAGCCAGUCUUGCCAAGUAUGCUGACCCAGUGACUGACCUUCUAGACAAGGAAGGGGUCUUCCGCGCACGUCUUUUCAGGGAAGCAUGCGUCUUCCAUCAGGGCUGCUAUGUCAAAGACCUGAGUCGUUUGGGGAGGGAUCUUAAGAAAACCAUCAUCCUAGACAACUCUCCAGCGUCAUACAUUUUCCACCCAGAAAACGCUGUACCGGUACAGUCGUGGUUUGAUGACAUGUCAGAUACAGAGCUUCUAAGCUUGAUCCCCAUCUUUGAAGAACUCAGUUAUUCAGAGGACAUUUACGCAAGUCUUGGGCAGUUGAGGGCCCCAUGAUAUUCCUCUGCCUUUCUCCAUUCUUCAGGGGACCUUUUUAUAUCUUUUAAUAGUCUUGUUUUUCUAUUUUUUAAACAAAAUCUCACUUGCAGUGCCUUUGGCCUCAGAGGAAGAGGAACUAAAAGGAGUUACUGACCAGACAGACCAGGGGAUAUCUGUCAUAGGAACUCACCAAUUUGCCUGUACAAAGCACAACCGCUUCGGCAAACACUCCUAAUAGCCAUUGUGUCCAGUGGCAUGCUGGCAGUAAAUGCAGGGAUACAUGUAAAUGCCAUUACUUUGGUGUGCCGGCCAGAGAAAGUGUCCUUUAUAUGAUAGUGGUACUAUGUACCUACCUUAUAGUUUUUGCUGGAGCCACACUGCUCUUGGCAUGUCUCAUUAAAAUGCAGUCUUUUUCAUUGCACCAUGUGUAUAAACAUCCUUUGUGGAAUGUUACAUUGUACCUUUUUAUAGAACGGAGAAUUCCUUGAUACCCAGUGCAUUUGGAUAACUAAGGCUAUUAAUGUAUUUUGAAAUUUAUGGUUCUCGCAAAAACAGGACAGUGUAAUUUCAAGGGACUAAAGAGAGCAUGGAAAGGUGCUAAUGUUUAAUAACUCCUGCUCUACUGUAACGUCACCUUUUCUCACCUAGAUGACCUUUCACUACAGUUUAUUAUAUCAUGGCUGCCAUUACUCACAUGACAGUUAAGGGGGUACAUCGUUGUGAGUUAUCCAUCAUUGGCACUUAGUGAAACUACAUUUUAGCACCUUCAGGAUAUGCAACAGCUGCUUCACUGUUCUAGAAUCGUAUUUAAUAAGUUCUUCAUAACAUGAAAUCCCAAAAGUACAUUUUAAACAUUGUUUUCACACUCAUGCCAGUAUGGCUUCACUUUAGAUUUGAACAUCAUUUAUGUUACUGUUAAGUUUCCAGUAAACAAAAAUGCAUAUAAUGAUAUUACAUUUAUAUUGUAUCCAGCUUGUUCUGGAGCACAUAGAAAUGUAAGUUCAUGUUGUUAGUAUGUGUUACACUACAAAGCCAAAGUUAAAAGCAAUGAAUGUUGAUAUUUUUUGAGAUGCAAUAUUACCAGUAUCAUGGAUGACAUGAAGCAAAGAUGGCUGCCCACGAGUUAGCAUUUUUAUGAGGCAUUAUUAUGUAUUUAAAAAAAUAUAUAUAGAAAAUGGGGUUUGAUGUUUAAAAUCAUUCUUGCAGCCUAGCAAGGGACUUACGUGGACAUCAGAAUUUAGCAGCUUUCAGCAAAAAAUUAUUUAAACUAAUCUUAACACUUUUAAGGUUUGGAGUGGAAGUCUCUGCCUGGUGCUAAGAUAAACCAUGCAGUGCCUAUUGGCCAGUUUAGUUGACGCAUCUUAUAAAAACUAUGUAACAGUCCUGAGAUGUUUGUGUGUAAUGUGUAUGUAUGAAUGUGUAUGUGUAUAUAUGUUUAAAAAAAUAUACAUAUAUGUACACAUUUUAUUUUAUAUUUUUUAUUAACUUCUGUAAAUUCCACCCACAAUCUGUUUGUACGAUGUGUAGCUAUCAAAAUGAAUGCAUCUUGCACUUGAAACCAUAAAUGAUUUACUGGUUUCUUUUUGGACUGUUACAAAACACUAAGUGGACCUCAGGGGUAGUACAAUAAUAAAUGUGCACAGCAUGGUAUAAGUUCGUAACUCUAACACGCUUAAUAUAUUGCUUUUGAUUCUGCUUGACUGACAGAAAUGUGCAUUCCUGUGUGUCCCUCUGCAGUUUUGGGAUUCACAUUUGGGGUACGCCUUUUAUGGAUAGAAUUUGCAAAGGACUGUGUAGGUUUUAUUCUUAAUUUAGGACUAUGGGUUUGGGGCUAUCAGCGUAUCGCUGUAUUCAGGGCUCUCUGGGACAGAAGGGGUUACUUUUUUUAACCAUGUAAACCCUUUUUUCAAAGAGCAUGUAAUAAAAUAUAUUUUCUUGUCCUA